AUGCAAAACCUUUCCCUUAAGGCUAAACACUUGAGGGAUUUCAGAAAGUUUGACCCUUGCCCUUUUGACGGAUCGUUGAGGGAUCCUACAGAACUAGAGAUGUGGCUAUCCUCGAUCGAAAUGAUCUUUUGCUACAUGAGGUGUACGGAGGAGAACAAGCUCCGUUGUGCAGUUUUUAUGUUGACCGACAACGCAGAGAUUUGGUGGCAUUCAGCGGAAAAGAUGAUUGACACCAAUGGGGGACUUGCGACGUGGGAUCAGUUUAAGGAGUGUUUCUACGAGAAGUAUUUCUCAACCAACACUCGAUACAAUAAGAAAGUCGACUUCUUGAAUCUGAAGCAAGGGGUUAUUUUGGUGGAAGAAUAUGAGCAGGAAUUUGAUAAGUUGACCCACUUUGCCCCUAAGCUGGUAGCCACCAAGGCAAUAAGAAUAGAGAGGUUCGUUCAGGGUCUGAGGAGUGGGUUGCACGGUAUGGUGCAUGCCUUGGACCUCAAGACAUAUGUCGCGGCACUGCAGGCCACUGUGAGGAUUGAUGUCGACUCCCAAGAAGGAGAAGAGUACAAGAAGUCAUACGGAAUUAGGACCUCUUCGGAUCAGAAAAGGAAGGCCGAGUCGAGGGCUCCUAAGCCUCAGCAAAAGAGCUAG